AUGGCCGCCUCGCGGGACCACCUCGGCGGCGACCCGCCGGAGUCGACGCAGCUGCGCCUGGUCGACGACAUCGCGUGGUCGGAGAUCAACGGCGUGUACGACCGCGACGACUCCCUCAAGGAGAACACCAACCCAAAGUCCGUCGUCAAGAACCACCCCGGCGCCGGGUCCUCGCAGAGGUUCUCGGGCAACCUGAAGCCGACGGCGGCGCCCAUCAUCGGGCUGUCGGGCAAGCUGGGCGGGUCCGUGCGGCGGCACCAGCACCCGCCGGCCAUGUUCCCCAAGAAGGCCAAGACCGGCGGCGGCGGGCGCGCGCCCAAGGCCGCCGUCCCGGAGCCCGGGUCGCCCAAGGUGUCCUGCAUCGGGAAGGUGCUCUCGGACCGCGAGCGCGCGCGCCUCGGCCGCCCACCGCGCGGCGGGGGGUCCAGGGCCCCCGUGUGCUGCGGCGGGCUCGGCCUCCUGAUGCGGCGCAGCCGGUCCAGGCACAGCGGCGCCGUCGAGUGCGUCGACCAGUCCCCGCUGCAGCCGCCGUUCCCGCCCCUGGCGGACGCGGGGACGAGGCGGAAGGAGGCGGAGGAGGAGGUGACGGUUGCGGAGCCGGCGCUGGCGCCGGGGCUGGGAGGCGCGCGGCGGUUCGCGUCGGGGUGGCGGGCGGCGGAGUGGGCGGCCCAGAUGGAGGAUGACGGACGCGUGGCGAGAUCUGGGCCGUUGUAG